AAAGGCAUUUUUGUUGACCUAGAUGUGUGCUCUCAUCACACAACAUGGCGUUCUCAUUGUAUUGAGUUUCAAGUAGAUUCUGGCUGUUUGUGCAACACCAUGCACAUCACUGAUCUGGGAAAGCUGUCAGAUGUCAAAGUAAUGCCAUCCCCCACACGUCUCUUCCACUACUCCAAAGCAACUAUCCCCACCAAAGGUCAAGCCAAGCUAAAUUGUUCACACCAGGGCAGCUCGUAUGAAUUGGUGGUUCAGAUCAUUACAUCCCAACAGUACUAUCCUCCCCUACUUGGUUUGGCGGACAGCACUUGCAUGUGUACACUGAAGAAUGAUGCUGACAAGGUCAAUCAGGUUGAAGCCUCUCAAAUGGAAUAUACACCAGCUCCAUCGUCCCCUCCUGGUGAGUUGACUCUCGAGUACAUCAAACAUGUUAAUCCACAGUUAUCUGAGGGCUUAGGUGAGCUGGGUCCCCCAUUCUCCUUUAGCCUGAAUUCUGAAGUCUAGCCUAUUCAGGCGAUAUCACAUCGUUUCUCUGCACCCAAGUUGCCCAUCAUAAAGGAGGCACUGGACAAGGUAAUUGAAAAUGGUCAACUGGUUCCUGUAACCGAAGCAACUCAAUGGGUCUUCAACACAGGGGUGGGUGAGCAUACCGAUUCCAAGCCGGCUAAAGUACGAAUUUGCCUGGAUCCAUCCCAAACGAAAAAUGGGGCCAUUAUUAGACCAGUUUAUCCGAUUCCAACA